AUCUUCUUGAAUCGUCUCUUAUCUGUGCGUUCUGGUAUUCCAUUUCAUGAUUUGUACCUGAACUGAAUGUGCCAAUUUGUCUGACAAAUCAAUAUAUUCUGCAAAUAUCUAACUGCUCUGACUCCUUGUUUUCAAAAAUACAACGUUUUGACCUUAUCGUAGAUGAUCAGACAUUUUAUUAAUCGCUUACAAAAAUAUACCCAAAAAUCAAGAAAAGAUUUGUUAAGUUCUUGGUGAAAUCUCAUAUCCUUAUUUACAGUAUGUAGCAUGGACAUGUUAAUUGAACAAGAAAUGUAGCUACAAGUUCCCCGACAGUAAAAGAUAUAAAAGAAAGAAACUUGCAGUCAUGUCUACUGAAGAUCAGAUCAUCAAAUUACUCAACCAGGCGAGUUUAACAGACAACGCGGGAAAGCUGCAAUGUUUAAGAAAUGUUCAGGAGCUCCUGAUAAACAAAGACCCAGUGUUAUUGGAUAACAUGUUGUUGGAGAUCAUGCAGUUCCACAGGGAUUCCAGUGCUGACGUUAGGAAGUUUGUAUUAGGUUUUAUAGAAGAAGUUUGCAGAAAAGACAUGUUACUCCUCCCCAAAUGUAUUGACACUAUAGUAACCCUGUUAUCAGAUCCCAACCUCCAAGUAGAACGGCGUGUUAUUCAGGUUAUAACAGCACUUUACCGAGACAUGUUGUUGUGGCAAGUGCCACAGAGGAAAAUACCACAAGACAUGACAGAGGCCUGGGUCCAUCUCUCACAUCUUAAAGGUUUUAUCCUGGAAGCACUGGACGCAGAAAACGAGGGUAUCCGGACCCACGCUAUAAAGUUUAUAGAAGUCUUAGUUCUCUGUCAGAGUUUACAUCCUAACCCUCCUGAGGAUGGGUCUGAGGUAUGUAUAAACCUCAUCCCUCCUGAUCACGUUACUCUAGACUCCUCCUCGCUUAAAGCCGAGGGAGGAGUAGCAUUCCAGUCUCUGGUUAACUUCACCACUACACAAACCAUCACACCCAUGAACCUGAUGACGAGCAUUGGGAGUCUUACUAACGUGGCUAAACAGAGACCUAACUAUCUCGGACCUGUUGUUCAGGUAUUCGAGUCACUGCACGCCAACCUUCCCCCCACUCUUAGCAAGUCACAAGUAUCCAGCGUAAGGAAACAGUUGAAGUUACACGCCACCAACUUGUUCAAGAUACCCAGCCCCUUCACUGCUAGACUCGCUGGCUUGCUCAGCGAUCUCGGGGCUACCUCUUCAGAAAUUGAACGUAUUCGACCAAAGAUAACAACAGAGAGCACCAAGAGAUUAUCAGAUGACGGAGAUUUAGAAAAACAAAAGAGUAAACGAAAAAAAGUUGACGAAGAGGACGAAGAGGAACGUCCCCCGCCUCAAUUAGUAGAACACGACUCUGACAAGUUAGCUAACGUUAUAGCGGAGAAGCUGACCCCGGAAAUGGCAACUGAGCUGGUCCUGAUAGGGUUGAUGGAGCUGCCUAGUUCUAUUCCUCCUCAUUUUAAUAGCGCUUAUACCCCCAUAGCUGCUGCAGGAACGAAAACACAGAUCCAGCAUCUAGCCCGCAUGCUGGCCGCACAGAUAUCAGCCCAGAUAGGGAUCACUGUCGCGGUACCUGAAGCCACUGUGCCUCAGAGCGAAGUUAAAACUAAAGAUCCUAGGUUGCAGAGUAUCGAGGAGGAAGUGCAUGCUAAGAUUACAGAACAGAUGAUAACGAAACACUUUAAUCUGGACCCAGAGGACCAUUCCAGGUCAUCUACCAGGAAAAAUAUCAAACCUUUCAACAUUGACGACGUGUGUAAGCCACUGAAGACGGAGGAACUUGAGAGUAGUUCCCGGAAGUCACUCCGGAGGUUGUUCCAAGCGGAGAGGAACGCUGAGAACGACUGUGCUCAGACAACUGCGAUUAGACACAAACUUAUUGUUGGUCUUGUCACCCAGUUUGGUAAAGAUUUUAGAAGAGCGUUCAUAUCGUUUGCUUUAGAAGAUAUGCGAGCAAGAGCUGAUAUCAUCAUAGCUUGGUUAUACAGGGAGUAUGUGCUAGAACAAGGUUACGUGUGGAGAGGUCUAACUCCAGACAGCUAUGGAUAUGAGCAGUGUUUACAAUAUGUGCUGCACGGUCUUUACAGGAAGCUGGAUCCGGGAGACAGGCUGUUUACCAGGAUUCUGCUGGAGUGUCCAGAGAUUACUGAGGGUGCAAUGACUAUGAUAAAGUCGUUCUGCGAGAACGCGGACUGGCAGGAGGUCGGUAUAUCCACCCUGUACGAACUCCUCCUCAGACGGUCCAACCUGCGGACCCAAAUGCUGGACGUGCUCCUGGGACUCACCAUGAACACCAACGAGAAGAUCAGGGAUCUUGCCAUCGAAAGGUGCAAGGACUUGUUUGGUAUCUCGGGGCUUGCUAUGCCGCUGGAGGAUUUUGCUACUACAAUACUGACGAGACUGAUCGCGGAGAAUCCCACUCACGCGUGUAGUGCUGAGGACACUGAGCUACCACCAGGACCGUAUGAUAAGGAUUCCCAGUGGACGGAGGAGAGUAUCAGAUCUUGUUUGCAUCUGUUCCUCGCCCUGCUCCCGCUCAAACCUCGCAUGAUCCACGGACUUGCGGAGGUGUACAGGGAAAGCAGCAGUAUGAUCAAGAGAAUAAUCCUUAGAAUGGUAGAAACUCCUGUGAGCAUGAUUGGUAUGAAGAGUAAAGAGAUCCUACAGUUGAUUGAAAGUGGUCCAAAAGGCUCUGAAACCCUGGUAACACGUGUUCUUCACAUCCUCACGGAGAAUGAGGCCCCUUCUAAAGAGCUGGUUACCAUGGUGAGGGGACUCUACGCUAAGAGGGUGACUGACGUCAGGAUGCUGAUACCUGUGUUACCCGGUCUGGAUCAGAAGCAGUUGGAGGACCUUCUUCCUAAAAUACUGAAGCAGACCCCGAAUGUGGUGAAGGAGGCCUUUAAAAGGAUUCUUUCUCCUUACAGGGCUGGUGGAUCAGGUACGGGACCCAUAACCCCAGCUCAGCUCCUGAUAGCCCUCCACCACAUCGAGGGUAAGGGAGAGGACAUGAAGGGGGUGAUAGCUGCAACCAACCUCUGUUUUGCUGAGAAGGGUAUUUACACCAGCGAGGUACUGGCUAUCGUCCUGACUCAGCUCCUGGAGGUAUCACCCAUCCCUCUUCUGUACAUGAGAUCAGUAAUCCAGGCUAUCAGCAUGUGGCCCAGAAUGAUAAGCUUCGUUCUCAACAUCCUGGGUAAACUCGUUUCUAAACAGAUUUGGAAACAAGCGCAAGUUUGGAGGGGAUUUGUUAAGUGUUGCGCUAUGUUAGGAAGUCAGGCUCACGGCUUGUUGUUAACUCUGCCAGCAUCUCGUCUAAAGGAAGCGUUCCAGCUCCACCCUGCCCUCCAUAACCCCCUACUUCAACAUGUACAGAACCUACCUGCAUCGCAGAAAGCGCUGAUCGACAAAGAAGUACUCCUCCUGAUAAAAUCUCCACCUCCUGACGCUACGCUCACAGUUCAACAACCAAUCAACAUAGGUCAGCCCCUGCCACCUCCACCCUUCACUCCGCGGGUACAGCCCUCAACCCCCACCUUGCCUACAACCCCUUCCACACCCACUAAACCUCCCACACCCAGCUCCCUCGCGCCCAUCGUGUCUCAGGGGGGUAUCAUACCCCCUUCAGCCCCUCAGGGGGGUAUCAUGCCCCCUUCUGCCCCACCUCUUCUCCCACCACCUGGUACACCAACUGUGGUUUGAGAUAUCACGGUCACCACGACAACUGUUAUUUGAGAUGUCACGGUCACCAUGACAACUGUGAUUUGAGAUGUCACGCCGUCACGGUCACCACGACAACUGUGAUUUGAGAUGUCACGGACACCACGACAACUGUGAUUUGAGAUGUCACGGUCACCAUGACAACCGUAGCUUGAGGUUAAUCACAGUCGCACAGAAGUUGAUUCGAAAAUAAAAUCGGUCAAGCGGACGAGUUUUUAUAGUCGUCAGAUUUUAAAGUUAUGAUAUUAUAGGAGGAGUUUCGGACGACUAGAGGAGCUUUUCAGUUUUCACCAUGCAAUUGUAUAUCUUUUAGGAUUUGACUUUUCGAGUACUUUGAUUGUUUUCUAUUCGGAGUGGUUGGUUUCAUACUUAAAUUAUGUUUCAUUAUUUAUCAAAGACAAAAGAUUUGUCCGGUGAAAUGGUAUAAUUUUAUUAAAUUUAUUUAUUUCAUUCAUAAA